GGAACCAGCAUCCAGGUGCCUUCAUCUGCCUUUUAUCAGCUCUAGGUUAAAACUUGUCAUUUUUUUCCAGUGACUCCCGGUGAUGGUAGAGACAUGGAAUUUGCAAAAACUGGAAGACAGUGAGCAGAUGAGGUGUCUGUGCAUCUGUUCUUAAACAACUUCUCUCUUUAGCUCUCUCCAGGGUGCCCAGUCACCACACCUGCUCGCUAGUGUGUUCUGCUUCCUGAACUGAUGAUGACAGGAUGGAGCUGCCUGGUAACAGGAGCAGGAGGCUUCCUGGGCAAGAGGAUCGUCCACUUGUUGGUGAAGGAGAAGGAACUGCAAGAAGUCAGGGCUCUGGACAAGGCCUUCAAACCAGAAACCAAGGAAGAAUUCUCUAAGCUGAACACAAAGACAAAGGUUACAAUAAUUGAAGGAGACAUUCUGGAUGCUCAGAGCCUGAGGAGAGCCUGCCAGGGCAUCUCAGUCGUCAUUCACACCGCUGCUGUUAUUGACAUAUCUGGUGUGCUUCCUGCACAGACCAUCAUGGAAGUCAACCUGAAAGGUACCCAGCUCCUGUUGGAGGCCUGUGUGCAAGCCAGCGUGCGAAUCUUCAUCUACACAAGCACAAUCGAAGUAGCUGGGCCCAACUCCUACAAGGAGAUCGUCCAGAACACCAAUGAGUACAACCAUCAUGAAAGCAUAUGGUCUGCUCCAUACCCAUGCAGCAAAAGGCUGGCUGAGAAGGCUGUGCUGAAAGCUAAUGGCUGCCCACUGAGAAAUGGUGGCACCCUGUAUACUUGUGCUUUGAGGCCCACGUACAUCUAUGGAGAAGGAAGCCCAUUCUUAUCUUCUGAGAUGAAUAAAGCCCUCAAAAACAAUGGCAUACUGAAAAGCACAGGCAAAUUCUCUGUAGCCAAUCCAGUCUAUGUUGGUAAUGUGGCCUGGGCUCACAUUAUGGCCUCCAGAGCCCUCAGGGACUCUAACAAGGCCCCAGAUAUUCAAGGACAAUUCUAUUAUGUCUCAGAUGACACACCUCACCAAAGUUAUGAUAACCUCAAUUACAAUCUGAGCAAAGAAUGGGGCCUCUGCCUUGAUUCUGGCCCAAGCAUCCCUCUGUCUCUAAUGUACUGGCUUGCUUUCCUGCUGGAAAUGGUGAGCUUUCUGUUGAGACCAAUUUAUAAUUUUCAACCGCCCUUCACCCGCCACUUACUGACCCUGUCAAAUAGUGUGUUCACAGUCUCCUAUAAGAAAGCUCAACAGCACCUAGGGUAUGAGCCACUCUUCAGCUGGGAGGAAGCCAAGCAGAAAACAGGGGAGUGGGUUGGUUCACUAGUGCAGCAGCACAAGGGGACUUUGAAGACAAAGACUCAGUGAUGUGACUAUGAUAGCGAUGUGAUUUAGGGUGAUGCCUGGAAGUUUAAUUUACUUCCUCCAUAUGUCUUUGUUCAGAAAGUGACAAAGGAACAAGCCCAAGUCCUACAGGCUCCUCUGACACAAUCGCAACUUACCAUCUUCCUAAGGCCACAAGAUGCUCAUUUCCCCUUGCUAGAUAUAAAAUGUUUCUGUUCUUGGAAACUUUAUACUGCUUCACAAAACACAAUGAAAAGCAGAAUAAAACUUUGAUUGCCUAACCUGGAA